UGCUGCCAGAACACAGGUGUUGAGAAAAACACCAUUAAAUCAAAGCCAAAAUGGGAAAGGAAAAGACUCACAUCAACAUUGUGGUUAUUGGACACAUAGAUUCUGGCAAGUCUACCACUACUGGCCAUCUGAUCUACAAAUGUGGUGAGAUUGACAAAAGAACCAGUGAAAAAUUUUGGAAGGAGGCUGCUGAGAUGGGAAAGGGCUCCUUCAAGCAUACCUGGGUCUUGGAUAAACUGAAAGCUGAACGUGAGCGUGGUAUCACCAUUGAUAUGUCCCUGUGGAAAUUCAAAACCAGCAAGUAUUACGUGACCAUCAUUGAUGCCCCAAGACACAGAGACUGUCAAGGGACAUCUCAGGGUGACUGUGCUGUCCUGAUUGUUGCUGCUGGUGUUGGUGAGUUUGAAGCAGGUGUCUCCACGAAUGGGCAGGCCUGUGAGCAUGCCCUUCUGGCUUACACACUGUGUGUGAAACAGCUGAUUGUUGGUCUUAACAAAAUGGAUUCCACCGAACUGCCCUACAGCCAGAAGAGAUAUGGGGAAAUUGUUAAAUAAGUCAGCAUCUACAUUAAGAAAAUUGGCUACAAUCCUGACACAGUAGCAUUUGUGCCAAUUUCUGGUUGUAAUAGUGACAACAAACUGGAGCCAAGUGCUAAUAUGCCUUGGUUCAAGGGAUAGAAAGUCACCCAUAAAGAUGGCAGUGCCAGUGGAACCACACUGCUUGAAGCCCUGGAUUGCAUCCUGCCACCAACUUGUCCAACUGACAAGCCCCUGUGUCUGCCCCUCCAGCAUAUCUACAAAAUUGGUGCCAUUGAUAUUGUCCCUGUGGGCCAAGUGGGGACAGGUGUUCUAAACCGCAUGGUGGUCACCUUUCCUCCAGUCAAUAUUACAACUGAAAUAAAGUCUGUUGAAAUGCAUCACGAAGCUUUGAGUGAAGCUCUUUCUGGGGACAAUGUGGGCUUUGAUGUCAAGAACAUGUCUGUCAAAGAUGUUCAUUGUGGUGAUGUGGCUGGUGACAGCAAAAAUAACCCACCAAUGGAAGCUGCUGGCUUCACAGCUCAAGUGACUAUCCUGAGCCAUCCAGGCCAAAUCAGUGAUGGGUGUGCACCUGUGCUGGCUUGUCACACAGCUCCCACUGCUUGCAAAUUUGCUGGGCUGAAGGAGAAGGGUGACCAUCAUUCUGGGAAAAUGCUGAAAGAUGGCCCAAAGUGUUUGAAAUCUGGUGACACUGCCAUUGUUGAUAUGGUUACUGACAAGCCUGUGCGUGUUGAGAGCCUCUCUGACCAUCCUCCUCUGGGCCGCUUUGCUGUUCCUGACGUGAGGCAGACGGUUGCUUUUGGUGUUAACAAGGCAGUGGACAAGAAGGCGGCUGGAGCUGGCAAAGUCACCAAGUCUGCCCAGAAAGCUCAGAGGGCUAAAUGA